AUGUUAAAAUUAUUAUUGAUAGGGUUAAUAAUUAUAUGUUUAGUUUUUUAUUUAAAUUCUUACCAAUUAAUUGUUUAUUUGUUAAUAUUUUCAAUAGUUUCUUUAAUAAUAAGAUUAUUUAAUAGAGGAAUUUAUAUUUGAAAUAAUUUUUUUUUAGAUUUAUUAAGAUUAGAUAUAAUAAUCUUACCUGUUUGAAUUACUUUUCUCAUGUUGAUUGCUAGCUCAUUUUCUAAAACAUAUAUAAACAAAUAUUUUUUGUUUUAUGUUUUAUUAAUAUUAAAUUUAUUAACUUUAUGUUUUUCUUCUAGAAAUUUAUUAAUAUUUUAUUUUUUUUUUGAAGCUGUUUUAUUUCCUAUUAUUAUAAUAAUUUUUAAAUGAGGGAGACAGCCUGAACGUAUUCAGGCUGGAUUUUAUAUAUUAAUAUACACAAUUUUUGGUUCACUUCCUUUAUUAAUUUUAACAAUUACUUAUAAAAUUUCUUUUAAUAUUAUUUUUAAUGAAUGAAUUUUUAUACAAAUAGGCUGUAUUUUCUUUAUAAUAAUUUUAGGCUUUUUAGUAAAAAUUCCAAUAUUUUUUUUUCAUCUAUGAUUACCUAAAGCUCACGUUGAAGCUCCUAUUUCUGGAUCAAUAAUAUUGGCUGGAGUUUUACUAAAAUUAGGAUUUUAUGGAAUUUAUCGAUUUAAAAGAUUUUUUUUUUUAAAUAUAAUAAAUUUAUCAUUAUUUUUAAUUAAUGUUUCAUUUUUAGGAGCAAUUAUAAUUAAAAUUUAUUGUUUAUUUCAAGUUGACAUUAAAGCUUUAAUUGCUUAUUCAUCUAUUUCUCAUAUGGGAAUUGCUUUAGCGGGUUGUUUAACAUUUUAUUCUUUUGGUUCUUAUGGUAUAUUGAUAAUAAUAAUUGGCCAUGGGUUAUGUAGUUCAGGUCUUUUUUGUUUAUCAAAUAUAAUUUAUGAACGAUUUUACACGCGAAAUAUUUUUUUAAUUAAAGGAAUAAUUAUAGUAUUUCCAAAUUUAACUUUGUGGUGAUUUUUAUUUAGAAUUUUUAAUAUAGCUGCGCCUUUAACAAUAAAUUUAUUUGGAGAAUUAUUCUUAAGAGCUAGACUUUUAAAAUUUAGAAUAUUUUUAAUACUUCCUAUUAUAAUACUAAUUUUUAUAAGCGCAUGUUAUACCAUAUAUAUAUAUAGCUAUAUUAAUCAUGGUAAAGGAUGAAUUUUAUUUAGAAAUUUUCUAAUUUCUGAACGAGAAUACUUUUUAUUAUUUAUACAUUUUAUACCUAUAUGUUUUUGAAUUUUAAAAAUUGAUUUUUUUAUAAAAUGAAUUUAA